UUAGGCUACUAACCGGCCGCCUUCCAUGCUUACAAUUGCAUGAUUGUUGUGUCAGAUUUGAGGCACGUCCCCCUUCCCUCUCCUCUCUUCCUCUCUUUUUUCUCUUUAUAAAUUCUCACCUUUCUCCCUCUCUUCUCAAUUCACAUUCUCCUUCUUCUUCCACUUCUCACACCAACCAAAGGGUAGUUGCAAAAAGUUGUGGAGUUUGAAAAUGGAAAGAUUGAACUCAAAGCUGUACUUGCAAAACUGUUACAUAAUGAAAGAAAACGAGAGGCUGAGGAAGAAAGCACAGCUUUUGAAUGAAGAAAACCAGCAACUAUUAUGUGAGUUGAAGAAGAAGCUUUCAAAGAAUGGUGGAAAUCAGAAAAAUGGUCCAAAUACCAAUUUUGACCUUAACCUUAGUUCUGGUUCUGGUCAAAACAAUGCAAGUUGAAGCAAAUGAAAUGUUUGGUUUUUUAUAAGAAGGUUCUUGACCCCACCAGAUUUUUUUUCUGUCCCUUUUUUGUGUAAAACAAAUGUGGGAAGUAGUAGUUUUAGUUCUUGUCUUUAUUGUUGUAUUUUGUAUUUGAGAAUGGUAGUGUUUUUUAUUUACAAAGGGCACUAUUAUUAGUUCUAUUAAUAUGUUUAAUUAUUGUAAAUUUAGUUUUCUG